AUGGCGAACGAUACUCUCGUGCCACCCCAUGGCACUCUAUCCAAUGGGAGAACCAAUGGCCAUGCUGACAACACCAACGGUCUCGACUAUGACUCAAAACCGGUUGAAAAUGCAGUCACUUUAAAUGAGUCAAUCCCUACGCAUCCUUUGGGUGUGAAACCGCUGGGCAAUCAGUAUCUCUCGGACCGUCCGAACGCUCGGAAGAACAUCGGAUUCUUCAAGAUUUUGCCUGAUGAGGCCCUGAUGAUCCUCUUGGACUAUCUCGACCAGGAACGUCUGAGAACACUGGGGUCAACCUGCAAGUUUCUCUAUGCAUUCUGCCGGUCCGACGAUUUGUGGAAGUCGUUGUUUAUACAUUCGGACAGGUUCGAUGGCAAGUGGCAGGGGACAUGGAGGGCCACCCAACUUCGGCUGUCUCCUGAGCAGCAGUCAAAUAUUGACUGUAGCAAUGUCUUCUCCGAUGUCCUGCAUAGACCAUUCGUUUGCAGUCAUGUGGACUUGACACAGUUUACCUCGAGAAUACCAAAGAGCAACCUCAUCCGGCGCAUGGAAACUCUUACAUACGAUGAGUUCUCUGAGAAAUGGACGGAGACGCCCUUCGUCUUGACCAACUAUAUCCAGGCGUGGCCGGUCUACCAUGAGUGGAACAUGGAUGUCAUAUCGGAGCGCUAUGGCACCGUGGAGUUUCGUGCAGAGGCCGUGGACUGGCCCUUUUCAACCUAUCGCGAUUACAUGGAGAACAACGAUGACGAGAGUCCUCUGUAUCUUUUCGACAAGAAGUUCGCUGAGAAAAUGGAGAUUGGGGUUGGCCACGAGGAAGGGGCGGCGUACUGGAAGCCAGAGUGCUUCGGGCCCGACCUAUUCGAACUUCUGGGCAGGGAACGGCCAGCCCAUCGCUGGCUAAUCAUCGGCCCAGAGAGGAGCGGAUCAACCUUCCACAAGGACCCAAACGGCACCAGCGCAUGGAAUGCUGUGAUUCAGGGCACAAAGUACUGGAUUAUGUUCCCGCCCACGGCUUCGGUGCCAGGGGUUUAUGUUUCGCAGGACAGUAGUGAGGUAACGAGCCCCCUGAGCAUCGCAGAGUGGCUCCUCGAGUUCCAUGCAGAAGCCCGUCAGUUGCCCGAGUGUAUCGAGGGUAUCUGUAAGGAGGGAGAGAUUCUGCAUGUGCCAAGUGGGUGGUGGCACCUGGUUGUCAACUUAGAAAGCGGUAUCGCUCUAACGCAGAACUUCGUCCCCAAGAACCAGCUCUCGGAGGUCGUGUCCUUCCUUAGAGACAAGCCAGACCAGGUCACUGGUUUCAAGCAAGACGUGGUGGACCCAUACGGAUUGUUUGUUGAGCGACUGCGGCAGGAUCAACCGGACCUCCUGGAAGAAGCGCUCCAAAUUAUAGAGAAGAGGAACACCCAAAAGAAGAGAAAAUGGGAGGAAGCGGUGGGCGGAGGUGACAGCGAGACCAACGGGGGAGGCUUCAGUUUUGGAUUCGGGGGUGAUCUGGAGGAUGACGAAGUGCCUUAA